AUGGUGGCGUUCUGGCUCAUCCUUGGACUCGCGCUGCCUACAGCGGCGCAGGUGAACCGAUCUUCUCACUUUCUGAGCAGGCAGUCGGUGGAUGUGAGCUCCCAGGGUGUGCGCUGUGGUGGACUCGAUUUGCCGGAGAAUGCGGGAUGCAAGCAAGUGGUGGAGUGGGCUGCCGGUGGUGGCAAGUGGGACAGCGCAGCCGGGGGCUGGUAUAAAAACAUGCCCACCAUCACUGGCGUCAACCACGAGCAGGGCACCUUGCAGGAUUUCCAGCGACUCUACUACUGUUCUCCGCCCGGGGACUCCUUCUGCGGUCUGCCGCCUUGCACAGGAUGCAGCAAUCCACCUUGCAGCGAUUGCUUCGCAGGCAACCAGCUAUAUUCCAGCCGUCGCCCUGGUUGCGAUGGGAAUGACAAGGGCGUAGGGUGCGUUCCGCCGAAGACUGCCUUGGGAUACAAGGGUCAGCAUUGGCCAACCACGGUCAUCCACGGCACCCAAGAGAUGCACAUCUUUGCUAUUGGCGACUGGGGUGGCAUGGAUGGCUCGCUAGACCCACCGGAGGGCCGGAAGACCAUCGUUGCUUACGAUUGGGGACGCCGGCCCGGUCCCAGCGUCUUCCCCAGGAGCCGCUGGAAUAAGAUGCACACUGUGCAGUUCUGCGAUCAUAAGCAGCUCGUGGAAUGCUUUAACACCCGCGGCCAGGCUCCAUGUGCCCCAGAGUGUGGCUAUGUGGCAGGCGUAGAUGAUCAGCCGCAGCUUUUGGUAGCCAAUGCCUUUAAAGCCCGCGCUGCACUCGUCGACCCACAGUAUAUCCUCAACGUAGGGGACAACUUUUAUUGGGGCGGUAUUGAGAAGACAUGUGGGAGUCCGAUGGAUCAGAUCUCGUACCCGACGAAGCACCAGUUCGAUCAAAUCUUCGAAGGCGUCUAUCAAGGGUCCGGCCUGACCAACAAGCCUUGGUUCAGCGUCUUGGGCAACCAUGAUUGGGGAGGCUUCAAGUUCGACAACGGCUGGGAUCAGCAGAUCUCCUACACCUGGGCUAGCAACCGCUGGGUCAUGCCCGCGCCGUACUACAAGACAUCCGUCGUCUACGCAGACCUCGGCUUUGACGUAGACUACUUUUUCUUGGACUCCAACUUCAUCGAUGCCAUGCCACCCGAGGAGGACCCCAACCACAACAUGUGCAGUCGAAAGAACAACAAGCCCUCCGCCUCCUGCGCCGCAGCGGAUGGCCCCGAGUCCGUGGAUGCGUGCCCGGGCUGGUUCGCAUCGCUUUGGGCUGAGCAGAAGCCGUGGGUCACGCAACUCAUGGGACAGAGCAAGGCGAACUGGCAGAUUGUCGUCACGCACUUCCCCUGCGGACAUGAGCAGGACUUCUACAAGUCUUUGCGGGGCCUGGGGAUGGACCUGCUUGUGACAGGGCACCGGCAUGAUCAGGAGCUCUGGCUCCCGGAUGAUCACGCCAAGAACCACAUGGGCGUCACAUGCAUCGUGACCGGCGGUGGUGGCGGCAUCACAUCCGAGGCCACACCGAACCCUGAGGAGACUGAGGACUGGUACGGCGAGGCACAGUAUGGUUUCUAUGACCUCACCAUCAGCAAGUCGGAGAUUUUGAUUGAGUCCAUCAACUACGAUGGCGAAGUGCUCUUAACACACACCGUGACCCGCCGUGGACGUAGAAACCUUCACUUGGCGAGCUCUCUUCCUCUUUUGGUCCGCAAAAACGUGGACGUUCACUGGAUAGCCAGGCCCGCCCAGUGCUCCCGGGACGCCCAGCCGAAGAGUAGCUGCAUCGUCAUGCCGGAGAGACUUGGUGCAAUGGCCAUUGCUGCGGCCGGCGCUUAUGCCGUGACCUCCGGGUUCGUGGUCAGCCAGCCGGCCGCACAGCAGCCAAGCGAGGUGCGCCUGAGGGGUGCGCAGGCGCAGCCCAACUCCAGCGCGGGCUUCAGCUCCACCAUGCUCAACUUGGCUGGCGCUGGCACCGUGGCAGCCGGCUUGGCCGUGAGCCAGCGCAAGCGCACGGCCCUCCGUGCUGAGAAGUUCGCAGGUGGCCUGGUGGGCAGCGCUGGCGGCUUCGGUGAGUACCAGUUCGACCCCAUCGGCUUGGCGGAGCACUACCCCACCCU